CGUGAGCCACCGCAUCCAGCCAGAAGAGGUCUAAAGGCAGGGGAGAUGAUGAAGAGUGGGAAGAGCAAAGUUCCUAGAGAGGGCUUGAAACACCUACCUUGGCCGUACCCAGAAGUUACCUGCCCUGCCCAUGACUGCACGUGUGUUGUAACAUUGCAGACACCACCUCUCGCCCCAUCUUUCCACUGAGUGGACAGAAAGUGAGGAGGGGGGCUCAGAGGUCGGGAGUGUGGUCAGCGUCACUCACUUAGGGAGCCGAGGGCUCAUGCUUUGAACCCGGGUCAGCCAAGCUCUCUACACAUGGCCUCCUCCCCCCAGUUCUGGUCCCAGGGGCAGGCGGGGACAGCGCACUCCUGCCCCUGCCACAGCCAGGCCCCCUUCCCUGUGGCCUGCAGCCUCCCCUCUCCAGAGAACCAGGUCCAGCCUCGCUCUCUCCAUCUGUAGCCAGGUGGGGCCCUCCCUGCUGGCACUGUGGCUUGGAGACUUUUCCUUCUAGCUACUCAACCUGCCUCCCCUGUGGAUCCAGGCUGGUCCUACGGAGGACUGCUGUGCCCGGCAUCAGGCCCACAGGCUCCUGGCAGGCCUGCAGGGUUGGGGAGGGGAGGUCAAGGCAGUCCCAACCUCCCAGGGCAGUCCCUGUUUAGGGCCUGGCUGGCCACACCUGCCAUGCCCUUGGAAGAUUCCUCUGUAAGUUCCACUCCCACUCCAGUGAGGGCUACCUGGGCCUCACCUGCGAGAGCCUCCCCCGGGGCCCUGUUCCCCAUCUCUGUGCCUUCUCCCUAUCAAGGGUUCCUCCAGCCAGCAGGAAGAGCCGGGGGUGACAGGGAUGGAUUGAUGUCUGAGAACUCGGCACUGGGCUGACUUCCUGCCUGCCGUUGCCUGCGCCACGUGGGUGUGUAAUCACCUCACUCAGGGACCUCACACCUACCCUUCCCAGGCUGCGGGGUCACCAGCUCUGAGUCCCCCGGGUUUCCCAAUGGUAAAGAGAGAGGUGGCCACCGUCAGGAGCACUAGCCUACCAGAUAAAUGGAUGGGCUUGGAGCUCAGGGACUGGGUUUCAUGGGCUCAGCUGCAGCCCCACCCCUGCCCCAGGAAAUGCCAUCCCCGAAGGUCAAGGCCUGGGCCUGGACCGGCCACUGGCUGGUGGUGGUAGUGGCAGGUAUGUUCCCACCUCCACCCUCAGGGAAGAAGCAAGUUGCAGGAGCCUGGAAUAUGACUCAGGUCUUCCUUUUGUCCCUGUGGACUCUCUGUGUCAACUGGGGAGACAGCCAUGAGAACAGACACUUGGAGAACCCUAUAACUGGCACCAUGCAAGAGAGACAGGCAGGAGGAGGCUGUGGGAGCUCAGAGGAGACACUUGUGCUGGCCUGAGCAGAGGAGAAAGGAGGGGUAUGAGGGAAGGCUUCCUGGAAGAAGUGGCGUCUGGAUUAAUUACUGAAGGCCACAGGUGGCUGCGAUGGGACGGAAGCCAUGAAUGGUGCCGCCCCCGGCCCCGCCGCAGCCGCCCCGGUCCCGGUCCCGGUCCCGGUCCCGGACUGGCGGCAGUUCUGCGAGCUGCACGCGCAGGCGGCCGCCGUGGACUUUGCGCACAAGUUCUGCCGCUUCCUGCGGGACAACCCAGCCUACGACACGCCGGACGCCGGCGCCUCGUUCUCCCGCCACUUCGCCGCCAACUUCCUGGACGUCUUCGGCGAGGAGGUGCGCCGCGUGCUAGUGGCCGGGCCGACGUCUCGGGGCGCGACCGCACGCGCGGAGGCCAUGGAGCCAGAGCCCGCGGAGACCUCUGCACUCAAGGCGGCGAACUACGGCCACUCGCGGAGCUCGGAGGACGUGUCCACGCAGGCGGCCAUCAAGGCCCGCGUCCGCAAGGGCUUCUCGCUGCGCAACAUGAGCCUGUGCGUGGUGGACGGCGUGCGCGACAUGUGGCACCGGCGCGCCUCGCCCGAGCCCGACGCUGGAGCUGCCCCGCGUGCCGCCGAGCCCGCCGCUGAGCCCCGUGACAAGUGGACGCGGCGCCUGCGGCUGUCUCGGACGCUGGCGGCCAAGGUGGAGCUGGUGGACAUUCAGCGCGAGGGGGCGCUGCGCUUCAUGGUGGCCGACGACGCGGCGGCGGGUCCCGGGGGCGCGGCGCAGUGGCAGAAGUGCCGCCUGCUCCUGCGCAGGGCCGUGGCCGAGGAACGCUUCCGCCUGGAGUUCUUCGUGCCGCCCAAGGCCUCCAGGCCCAAGGUCAGCAUCCCACUGUCGGCCAUCAUUGAGGUCCGCACCACCAUGCCCCUGGAAAUGCCAGAGAAGGACAACACGUUUGUGCUCAAGGUAGAGAAUGGAGCUGAGUACAUCCUGGAGACCAUCGACUCUCUGCAGAAGCACUCGUGGGUCGCUGACAUCCAGGGCUGUGUGAACCCUGGUGACAGUGAGGAAGACACUGAGCUCUCCUGUUCCCGAGGAGGCUGUCUGGCCAGCCGCGUGGCCUCCUGCAGCUGUGAGCUCCUGACGGACGCAGCCGACCCGCCCCGGCCCCCAGAGACGACAGCCGUGGGAGCCGUGGUGACAGCCCCCCACAGCCGAGGUCGAGAUGCCAUCAGAGAGUCCCUGAUCCAUGUCCCGCUAGAGACCUUCCUGCAGACCCUGGAAUCCCCAGGCGGCAGCGGCAGCGGCAGCGACAGCAAUAACACAGGGGAGGAGGGUGCAGAGACAGAUGCUGAAGCUGAGCCCGAGCUGGAGCUGUGCGACUACCCCUGGUUCCACGGAACGCUGUCCCGGGUCAGGGCUGCUCAGCUGGUUCUGGCCGGGGGGCCCCGGAACCACGGCCUCUUCGUGAUCCGUCAAAGUGAGACUCGGCCUGGGGAGUAUGUGCUGACCUUCAACUUCCAGGGCAAGGCCAAGCACCUGCGCCUGUCCCUGAACGGCCACGGCCAGUGUCACGUGCAGCACCUGUGGUUCCAGUCUGUGCUUGACAUGCUCCGCCACUUCCACACGCACCCCAUCCCACUAGAGUCAGGGGGCUCGGCCGACAUCACCCUCCGCAGCUACGUGCGGGCUCAGGGCCCCCCGCCAGAGCCUGGCCCCGCGCCCCCCGCCGCGCCCGCGCCCCCGGCCUGCUGGAGCGAGCCGGCCGGCCAGCACUACUUCUCCAGCCUCGCCGCAGCCGCCUGCCCGCCCGCUUCGCCCUCCGACGCCGCCGGCGCCUCCUCAUCGUCCACCUCGUCGUCCUCGGCCGCAUCGGGGCCGGCCCCUCCGCGCCCGGUCGAGGGCCCGCUCAGCGUGCGGAGCCGCAGCGACAGCGCGGAACGCCUGCUGGAGGCCGUGGCCGCAGCCGCCGAGGAGCCCCCAGAGGCCACGCCCGGCCGCGCCCGCGCCGUGGAGAACCAAUACUCCUUCUACUAGCCCGCGGCGCCGCCCGGGUGGGACACGCCAAGCUCUUCAGUGAAGACACGAUGUUAUUAAAAAGCCUGUUUUAGGGACUGCA